CUCCUCCCGUGGGGCCGAACGCGACCCGCGAACGUCGGAAACCCAGCUGGUCUCAUCAAGGCGGGGCAGCGGUUGUACCAGCCCCCUUCUCCGCCCCCGCGCCUCCCAGCCGUGCGAAACUCUGGUUGGCUUGCUUUCCAAUCAUAUUUUGGUUCUAUCAUUUUGAAAAGUCCCGACCUCUUCCCGCUGGACCCCAUCCCAAGAAUCGACUGAGGCUGUGUUUGGGGACCAGGCCCACUUGGCAGCUGCAGCCCGGGCGUCCCACUUCCACAAAGCAGGUCGGGCGCUGUGACCCGGGAGCAAGCGACAGAUGCGGAGUAGGAGCAAUUCCGGGGUCCGAUUGGAUGGGUAUGCCAGGCUGGUGCAGCAAACUAUCCUGUGUUACCAGAAUCCCGUCACAGGGCUGCUGUCAGCCAGCCAUGAGCAGAAGGAUGCUUGGGUGCGGGACAACAUCUACAGCAUCCUGGCCGUGUGGGGCCUCGGCAUGGCCUACCGCAAGAAUGCUGAUCGCGACGAGGACAAGGCCAAGGCCUACGAGUUGGAACAGAACGUGGUGAAGUUGAUGCGCGGUCUCCUCCAGUGCAUGAUGAGACAGGUGGACAAAGUGGAGAAGUUCAAGCACACCCAGAGUACUAAGGACAGCCUGCACGCCAAGUACAACACUGCCACCUGCAGUACCGUGGUGGGCGAUGACCAAUGGGGCCACCUGCAGGUGGAUGCCACCUCCCUCUUCCUCCUAUUCCUGGCCCAGAUGACUGCCUCAGGCCUGCGUAUCAUUUUCACCCUCGAUGAGGUGGCCUUCAUACAAAAUCUUGUGUUUUACAUCGAGGCUGCAUAUAAAGUCGCAGACUAUGGAAUGUGGGAGCGUGGAGAUAAGACCAAUCAAGGCAUUCCAGAAUUGAACGCAAGCUCUGUAGGAAUGGCCAAGGCAGCACUUGAGGCAAUUGAUGAACUGGACCUUUUUGGAGCCCAUGGCGGACGCAAGUCAGUGAUCCAUGUCCUGCCUGAUGAGGUCGAGCACUGCCAGUCCAUUCUCUUCUCCAUGCUGCCAAGGGCAUCGACAUCUAAAGAGAUUGAUGCUGGGCUCCUUUCCAUUAUUUCUUUCCCAGCCUUUGCAGUAGAAGAUGUAAACCUUGUGAAUGUGACCAAAAAUGAAAUUAUUUCCAAGCUCCAGGGGCGUUAUGGAUGUUGUCGCUUCCUUCGAGAUGGUUAUAAAACCCCGAGAGAGGACCCAAACCGAUUACAUUAUGAACUCAAGCUCUUUGAAAACAUUGAAUGUGAGUGGCCUGUGUUCUGGACGUAUUUCAUCAUCGAUGGAGUCUUCAAUGGUGAUGGUGUUCAGGUCCAGGAGUACCGAGAGGCCCUGGAAGGAAUUCUAAUCAGAGGCAAGAACGGGAUCAAGCUUGUGCCAGAACUCUAUGCCAUCCCACCUGACAAGGUAGACGAGGAGUACAAGAGCCCUCACACGGUGGACAGAGUGCCUCUGGGGAAGCUGCCUCAUCUCUGGGGCCAGUCCUUAUACAUCCUCAGCUCGCUGUUGGCAGAGGGAUUCCUUGCUACGGGUGAAAUUGAUCCCUUAAAUAGGAGAUUUUCCACUUCAGUCAAACCUGAUGUUGUAGUCCAAGUUACUGUUUUGGCAGAAAACAGUCACAUUAAGGAACUGUUGAGAAAACAUGGAAUAAAUGUCCAGAGCAUUGCCGACAUCCAUCCGAUUCGAGUCCAGCCAGGCCGGAUUCUUAGUCACAUAUAUGCCAAGCUUGGACGGAAUAAGAACAUGAAAUUGAGCGGGAGGCCAUAUAGGCACAUUGGCGUCCUUGGGACCUCUAAACUGUAUGUGAUUAGGAACCAGAUCUUCACUUUUACACCCCAGUUCACCGACCAGCAUCACUUCUACCUGGCCUUGGACAACGAGAUGAUCGUGGAGAUGCUGAGGAUCGAGCUGGCCUACCUGUGCACCUGCUGGCGGAUGACGGGCAGACCCACGCUCACCUUCCCCAUCACUCACACCAUGCUCACAAACGAUGGCUCAGAUAUUCAUGCUGCGGUUCUUUCCACAAUUAGAAAACUAGAGGAUGGCUAUUUCGGAGGAGCUAGAGUGAAGUUGGGGAGCCUUUCGGAAUUUCUCACCACGUCAUUCUACACCUACCUGACCUUCCUGGAUCCAGACUGUGAUGAGAAGCUGUUUGAGGAAACCAGCGACGGGAGCUUCAGCCCCGACAGUGAUUCUGAUUUGGGAGGGUAUUUAGAAGACACCUAUAACCCAGAAAACCAAGAUGAACUUGAUCACUAUAUCAACAGCCUUCUGCAAAGCACAUCUUUGAAGUGCUAUCUGCCCCCUCUUUGUAAGAAGAUGGAAGACUGUCAUGUUUUCAGCGCCAUCCACUCCACUCGGGACAUACUUUCCGUGAUGGCAAAAGCAAAGGUUGUUCCCAUGACUUUGCCAACGAAAGUUCUAAGUGCCCACCGGAAAUCAUUGAAUCUUGUUGAUUCUCCUCAGCCACUCCUGAAAAAGGCUCCUGAAGGUGACUUCCAGUGGCCCAGAGAUGACCAGGGUGAUGUGGACUGUGAGAAGCUGGUUGAGCAGCUGAAAGAUUGUUCAAACCUACAGGACCAAGCAGACAUUCUGUAUAUUCUUUAUGUAAUAAAGGGACCCAACUGGGACACAAAUCUCUCUGGCCAGCACGGGGUCACUGUUCACAACCUUCUCAGUGAGCUCUAUGGGAAAGCCGGCUUGAACCAGGAAUGGGGUCUGAUUCGCUACAUCUCAGGUCUGCUCAGGAAGAAAGUGGAGGUCCUGGCCGAGGCCUGCACCGACCUGCUGUCACACCAGAAGCAGCUCACGGUGGGCCUGCCACCCGAGCCCCGAGAGAAGACCAUCUCAGCGCCCCUUCCUCCCGAGGAGCUCACGAAGCUCAUCUAUGAGGCCAGUGGGCAGGACAUCAGCAUCGCUGUCCUCACACAGGAGAUUGUGGUUUACCUGGCCAUGUACGUCAGGGCCCAGCCCAGCCUCUUUGUGGAAAUGCUCAGACUCCGGAUUGGACUGAUCAUUCAGGUGAUGGCCACGGAGCUGGCGCGGAGCCUGAACUGCUCAGCCGCCACGUCCAGCCCUGCCAUCUCUAUCCAUGAGGUGGGACAUACUGGUGUCACCAAAACCGAGAGGAGCGGCAUUAACAGACUGAGGAGUGAGAUGAAGCAGAUGACUAGGCGGUUUAGUGCCGACGAACAGGGAUUGGAGUCGCUGGGAGAGUCUACAGGAUACAUCUGCUGGCAUGUAAAUGCAGCUCCCACAUGUCAGAGGUUCUUUUCCAUGGGCCAGGCCGCGUCCAGCAGUGCGCAUUCCACCAAGUUCGCGAGGUCCAGCACCCCAUCAUCACCCACCGGCACGUCGUCAUCAGACUCGGGAGGCCACCAUAUUGGCUGGGGGGGCACGUGGAGUCGGUGCUGACCCGCGUGCCGCAGCCCGAGUACCGGCAGCUGCUGGUGGAGGCCAUCAUGGUGCUGACGCUGCUGUCGGAUGCCGAGAUGAACAGCAUCGGGGGCAUCAUCCAGGUGGACCAGAUCGUGCAGAUGGCCAACCAGCUGUUCCUGCAGGACCAGGUGUCGGUGGGCGCUGUGGACACCCUGGAGCAAGACCAAGCCACUGGAAUCUGCCACUUCUUUUAUGACAGUGCUCCAAGUGGGGCUUAUGGGACAAUGACUUACCUAACCAAAGCAGUGGCUUCUCAUUUGCAGGAAUUGCUGCCCAGUUCAGGCUGCCAGAUGCAGUAGGGCCCCACUGUAACUGUGACCACACUCUGAACCUGUCCCUUGCCCCCAGCCUCAUUGGGAACUUUUCUUCUGCCCCCAAGACCCCCCUCGCUGCCACCAAAGCCUGUCCCAUCAGUAACACCGGCAGGGAGGAGCUGGCAGCACUCCACUCCAAACCCAUGUACCUUCGAGCCACAGACAGAGCUGACAGUCCUGGCUCCCCCCAGGAGCACCCGGGGAUCAUCUUCCAGGUUCAUUUCGCUGGAACAUUUGUCACAGCAUCUGGUCUCACGGGCUCUGAGGUGGAAUUGGAAAUUGGGCUCUUUUGAGUGCAGAGUGAGCUGAGAAGCCGGCUUAAAUUGGCUCUUGCAGAGCUCCAGAAAUAGGUUCGAUGAGCCAGUGACACAUCUUCAAGAUGGAAAGAUCCUUCCCGCAGCAGUAACUAGACAAGCAGCCCUUGACGAGGGGACCAUCUUAACGGGGUGCAGUCUGCCGUGGCCCGUGUUUACCAAAUAGAACCAUUCUUCCUGUGG